AUGGGCGCUUCAGCACCUCAGACCACGCCCAAGUCUCAUGUCCCAGCUGCAGGAGUUUGGUGUCCUGCCAUCACCUUUUUCAGCCAUGCCGACGAUACCAUCGAUUUUGAUGCACAGACCAAGUAUUUCAGCUACCUUGCAAAGACUGGCCUUGCUGGCUUGGUAAUUCUGGGCACCAACUCUGAGGCAUUUCUUCUUACACGCGAGGAACGUUAUCAAUUGAUAUCGACCGCUCGCGCUGCUGCCGGUCCGGAUUUCCCUUUGAUGGCGGGUAUCGGAUCUCACAGCACCAAGCAAUCGCUCGAGUUUGCUCACGAUGCUGCAAAUGCCGGUGCCGACUAUGUCCUAGUACUACCUCCGGCGUACUUUGGAAAAGCAACCAGCAUGAACGUAGUCAAACGUUUCUUCUCAACCAUGGCUGCCGAAUCACCUCUGCCUGUUGUCCUUUACAACUUUCCUGGAGUCGCAAAUGGUGUCGACUUGGACUCUGAAACCAUGACGGCCAUUGUCAAGGAGUCUGCUGAACAAAGUGGCGGCAGAUCUAACGUGGUUGGUGUGAAGCUCACAUGUGCUUCUGUUGGCAAGAUCUCGCGUCUUGCAGGUACAUUCUCUCCAUCAGAAUUCGCCAUCUAUGGUGGUCAAUCCGACUUCUUGAUCGGUGGGUUGGCAUCAGGAAGCGCUGGCUGCAUCGCUGCCUUCGCAAACGUUUUCCCCAAGGUUACAGUAAGGAUCUUCGAGCUGUACGGGGAAGGACGCUUUGAAGAGGCGACCAAGCUGCAACAAAAGGCUGCUCUUGCAGAAUCACCAUGUAAAGGUGGUAUUGCAUCGACCAAGUAUGCUGUGGCUAUGUAUUCGGCACGUUUGGCGAAGAUUGACAAUGCGGAAGAGAAAUUGGCACCCAGACACCCUUACGAGCCUGUGCCAAAACCAGCAAUGGAAGCCGUCAAGAAGGUUAUGGCUGAAGUUUCCAAGAUCGAAGAGAGUCUUUAA